GUCAUUCAGGUCACCAGGUGGGAUUCCACCGGUGUGGUGUCCCAGCUUGCUUUCUUUACACAAGGACACCACUGGCCCCCUGCCUGGUUUCCUAAUACGGGUCAGACUUAGUAGUCGAUAGUUUUUUUAUAUCGAUAGCUUGAUACUUUGAAUAUCACGAUACGAAAAUAUCGACUAUAGGAUAUAAUAUCGACUAUAGGAUAUAAUAUCGACAUUUCAAAACUAAUAAGUUCAAGUUCUGUAACUUCUGUUGUGUUUUUCUUUCUUUGAACAAGCUAUUUUAUUUUGUAGUUUAGUUUAGUAUUCAAUAAAACAAUAAUCAUCUAUUUCAAACGCCAAGAUGAGUAUUCCUAUACUAAUAGAUGAUGGUUUGGAGAAGUCCUGGGCAAUAGUAGAAAUUCAGGGUGAUCUGAUGUCUAGAUCAGGUAGUGAACUUUUUGGACAAUAUGUUGGCGAUCUACAUUUUUCCAAAGAGGGCACCCCAAUCUUAAUUAUCGGCCAUCAGCUGCUUUAUGGAAAAGUGAUCAAUCUGGAAAAACCGUUAGCCGUCCUACAUCGCAACAGGAAAACCAGCGAUUCUAACAAACCACAAACUGAAUACAUAGUGAAAGCGCUUGUCAAAAAGAAGUUACUGUUCAAAACACGACCGAAACCUAUUAUAAGUAAUGUACCCAAGCCGGUGUCUUGAUUUCUUCAAUGGUUUGAAUUAACAAUUUCAAGUGAUGUUAUAGAACUGAUAGGUUAUCACCUAAAAGUGUGAUAUUAAAACACGAAACUAAAAGUGUAUUAACUGAUAGGUUAUCAGCUAAAAGUGGGUGGAAUUGAAAAGUUUAAAACGUGGAACUUAAAAGUGUAUAAAUUACAAAUGAAAAUUGUAACUAAAUAGGACAGUUUAGGGAAAUCGGACUGGUUCAAGUAAGGAUAGGCUUUGAGGUGGGUUUGAACGUUGUGGAAAUAAUAAUGGAUCAAAUAAAACAAAGUAAUCCAGCUAUCAUAUUUAUAUUUCACAAAGGAUUACACAACUAUCAAUAACUUAAAUAUAAUAAAUUAGCCUACUAAUAUUAUCAAAAAAUAUAUUUUAUACAUAAAAUAGAAGUAUUGUUUGAUGAUUUUCAUGAGUUUCAAUAUACCUAUGAAGCAUUAUUACAAAUAAAAAAUUUACCAUUUUCUAA